AUGUCUGUCAUACGAGUACCCCUAUCCGACUCUAGGUUUUCGACAUUGUCGCCGAAUACUACAUCAUCGGCUGCUGAGCCUUCCCAUGCCCAACCUCAGAUCGUCUUCACCAGGCAGUUGUGGGAGAGAACGAUGCCAUCUGCAGAACACGACGACUUGAGCACAAGUUCCCAAGGUAUCGCAAGCAACGGAAGCGUCAAUCCGCGCAGAGUGUCGACCAACAUAUCCAUCGCGCCGCAAGUCCAGCACUCACCCAAGUCUCGGUUGUCAGACACGCCACUGACGCCUGAAGAAUCACCGCCUUUUUGUGAGCAUCGAAAGAGGAGUGCCGACGUUCUUGGCCAGGACGAACUUCAAGACGUGAGCCCUUCGCACACCAGGGACGGUAGCACUGAGUCAGUGGUCAACUUUUGUCUGUGCCAACCUGAGCCCAAGGUUCCCAGACCUAGGAACGCAUUUAUACUUUAUCGCCAAAACCGCCAGGCUGCCGUUGUCGCUCAAAACCCAGGUCUUGCUAAUCCAGAUAUCUCAAAGAUUAUCGGGGAGCAGUGGAGAAACGAGCCCGAAGCGGAGAAGAACCGGUGGAAGGCAUACGCAGAGGAAGAGAAACUGCAACACCAACAGAGAUAUCCUUCUUACCGGUACCAGCCCAAGCGCUCUGGGCGCCGCGGCAGUGUCUCAUCUGAAUCAGGCUUCCCACAAACAGACCACCGCAAGUGCCAGAAGUGCGGAGGUCGUACCAUCAUCCAUCCAACUCCAAGCACGCCCUCUUCGGCACGAGAGCGGUCUGACAGACCUCGCAGUCUUGAAACUAGUCCUUCAUCAGCUUAUCCUCACCCACCACGUCUGAACGCAUUCCAACUUCCUCCCCCAACUCCAUCAUCGACCACAACACCUUCUACUCGAUACCUGCCUAUGCUGAACAACCUCUCUCUUUCAUCUCCACACCCUCGCAACAUGAACAACGGUCGCCCUUCUCAACCAUUCAUGGUUCAGCGUGGCGAAGAUGAACACUCAUCCAUCCUGUCGCCCGAUUUGAAGCGACGCAGAUUCGAAUCUCCACAGGGAACAUAUGUCAUGUCGACACGGACCAUGCCUCCACGACAGAAUGCAGGCCCUGGUACACCUUUCCCCUUUGGACCGCAAGGACAGCCGCAGCAGAUGGGCCCUCCUCAUCAAUUCCAACCUCCACCUGGAGCGCAACAUGUCCGCAGAGAGAGUCUACCCCGACCAACCGAGCUUCUUCGAGGACCGAUGCCACCCAACAUGAUGGGCCCUCCGCCCCGUCCCGGACCUGGCUAUUCACAACACAGAGCUAAUCAAGGUCAACGUCCAGGUGGACCGGAGCUAAGUCUGACAUUACCUCCUCUACAAGCUGGCACCUUGUCCGGCCCUCCUACAGCUAGCAGAGUAGGUCCUGGACAACCGUCGGGUGGCAACAGAGGUAGCGAAUCGAAGGAGCCUGACCGACGCAGCGUGGGAGAGAUCAUCAUGUCCAUGUCAUUCAUGGCCAAGGUGCAGAUUCUUGGUCGAGUUGCACCACCCUUCUCUACUACUGAGCACAACAAGUCGCGAGCUACCAUUAUCGCUAUUGAAGGUGACGAUGCAGAGGCCGCUCGAGACGUGACAGACUGGCUUGAAGAAUUCUUGGGCCGUGAAGGCGACAUGGUGGUCAAAGUAGUCGAUGGGCCCAAGCUACCGGAAGGCAAGGAUGGAAGUGAGGUCGAGUUCCAAGAACUACUACGUACUGUGGCUGAUUGGCAUGACAAUGGCAAGAAGAUUGAGCAGCUGGCGCGUGGUGACAAGGAGCGCAAGGACAGCGACAGCAGUUCACAGUCAGGGUCGAUAGCUGACGGCGAGGCUAUGGAAGUCGACUCAUCUCUCAGCAGCAGCAGGGUGGUGAUACUUCUGCGCACGUACACGGUGACAGCGUCCAACGUGUUUGCAUCACGAGUGGCUAUCAAAGAUGCGUACAAGGCAGCGGAUCACUGGCAGUGGACAGCAACGUUGUGGCGCGGAAUCGUCGGACCAGACAUGACGGUUUAUGUCAAGGAGGCUGACAGAGCAGAGGAUGCAGGAAAAGGUGGAGUGGAGAUCAAGGAGGAGAACCGGAUCAUGGCGGUCCGACGUUUCAAAGGCAGCGAAGAGAACGGUGGAGUAGAGGGAAUUGAAGCAGGCACGUUGCGACGUCUUGGGUUUGAGGUGGGUGAAUGGGUCAGGAGCGGAGGGGCGACAAAGAAGGAGUAG